GCUCCGUUGCCUCCACUCAAAAGUUGUAUUCUCCAGAAACACAAGUAGUGCCAAACAGUAGAGGCUAAACUCACUAUAGAAUAUGGAAAGUUAUGGAAAAAUUAUGAAGACCAGAACAGCUGAUAGGAACAACUUGAAAGGAAUUAUUUAUCCAAGGACAAGACCGUAUCAGUAACUAAUUAGGCACGUCUUUUUGUUUCAUGGAGGAAAAGGAAGGAAUCAAAUCAACUGGGCUCUGUAUUCUAUUGAUUCUAGCCACCAUGACCAGCUGAAGACCAACGGAAUAAUUCAAGAAACAAAUUAACCGUCUUAUGGUUUGAAAGUAAUUAAGGCUGGUGUUGACCGCUGAAAACAAACUGACCAGGUUGAGUCAACUGAAAAAGGGUUCCGGUAUUGUUUCUUGCUGGUAUAUAUAUAAGGGCACUAAGCUGAUCAUCUUGCAGAAGGAAAAAAAGAAGCAUCAACUAGCCUAACCAUGGCGACUAUAGGCGUCCUCCUCCUACUCACUCUACUGCUUGAGCUGGUGUCUGCUGAUGUAUUCUGUGACAAUCUUAAGAGCGUCGUCAGUGUCCUCGCCAAGAACACCUCUUCUUCCCCGGAACACUUCGCCACCGCAACCUUCGGCCAAGCCCCUGACAUCGUCUAUGCGCUUGCACUUUGCCGCGGCGACGUCCUCGAUGACUCUUCAUGCGCCAAUUGCGUCACCAACACAUUUGUCAACAGUGUGCUGAACCAAAUGCCACCGCCACCGUUCCAAUGCUACUAUGGAUACGUCUACUUCGGCCUCUGUCUCAUCGUCUACUCUUUCAACGAUGACAUCUUCGCCCCCUUCAACGCUACCGGCCUGGAGCCCUUUGAGAGGUGGAACGUCCGAACAAUCACAAGCGACGUCCGCCUCACCACCAGCGAGGCCGGCCUCGUCGCUAGCAUGAUCCAUGAUCUGCUGGUGGAUACCGUGGAUACGGCAGCCAGAAUGACCCCAAGUAGGUUUGCCACGGGUCUCAUGGACAGUAGAACGAGCUUCCCCAUGGUGUACUCCUUGGCACAAUGCAGGCCAGAUUUGUCUGCCGAUGACUGCAUGUCGUGCUUGCAUCAUCUCCUCGACACUAUCAACUCCACCAUGUCCCGUCGCAUUGGAGCACAGAUCCAUGUCAUAUGGUGUUCUUUGAGGUAUGAGGUGUCAGUGUUCUACAAAGGCGAACCCAUGCUGCAUCACAAGGCACCAUUAGCGCCAGCACCAGCUCCGACUCGAACAAAACGACAGAGACAUAUGAGCAAGUUGUGGGCAAUUGCCAUAGUUGUAGUUGCUCUAGCCGCAGCAGCAUUUCUCUGCUUCAUCCUUUACCAUCGUCAACUCAUAAAGCAAAGAAAAGGUCAAUUGAUGAGAUUAAAGGGAUUAAGGCGUGCUCAGGAUUUGGAAGGAGAGGAACAAUCAGUUUGGCAAGGGAAGAAUUCAGUGUUCUCCAUAUUUGACUUUGAACAGGUCCUGCAGGCCACAAAUAAUUUUUCACAAGAAAACAAACUUGGACAAGGUGGCUUUGGAGCUGUCUACAAGGGCCAAUUUCCUGAAGGGCUGGAGAUAGCAGUUAAGAGACUUGCUUCCCAUUCAGGACAAGGUUUCAAUGAGUUCAGAAAUGAAGUCCAGCUCAUAGCCAAACUCCAGCAUAGAAAUUUGGUUAGGCUCUUGGGAUGUUGCUCUGAAGAAGAGGAGAAAUUAUUGGUCUAUGAAUACUUGCGGAACAAAAGCUUGGAUUUCUUCAUCUUUGAUGAAAAUAAAAGAGCUUUAUUGGAUUGGUCCAAGCUUGUAACAAUAAUUGAAGGAAUAGCACAUGGACUUCUUUACCUACAUAAGCACUCCCGUUUGCGUGUCAUCCAUCGAGAUCUUAAACCAGGCAACAUUCUCUUGGACGCCGAAAUGAAUCCGAAAAUUGCAGACUUCGGGCUUGCAAAAAUAUUCAGCUCUGAUAAUACGGAAGGGAACACUACAAGAAGAGUGGUUGGUACAUAUGGCUACAUGGCCCCUGAAUAUGCUUCUGAGGGCGUCUUCUCUAUCAAAUCCGACGUCUUCAGCUUUGGUGUUAUCAUUUUUGAGAUCCUUAGCGGAAAACGGAAUUCUGGUAGCCAACAGUGCGGUGAUUUCAUCAAUCUCCUUGGAUAUGCAUGGCAAUUAUGGGUAGAGGGAAGGUGGAUUGAUCUCAUCGACGCAACACUGGUUCCCAAGAGUGACUCAACAGAGAUGAUGAGGUGCAUUAACAUAGCAUUUCUUUGUGUACAAGAGAAUGCAGCCGAUCGACCAACCAUGUCAGAUGUUGUCAGAAUGCUAAGCAGUGAAACUAUGAUCAUGGUUGUGCCUAAGCAGCCAGCAUAUGUUAAUGCAAGGGUAGGCAAUGAAGAGGCGCCAACUGCUCCAGAGCCAUGCAGUAUUAAUGAUAUGACCCUAUCUAUCAUAAUUCCUAGAUAGUGUUCUGAUCGUAUAUAUGGUGUGAUUCUUACUACUGUUCGUUGCGUAAUACUACACAUGUUUAAGUGUUGUUUCAAAAUGUGCGAAGAUGCACUCUAAAUUGUAGAAGAAGAAAAAAUCCUAGUUGGAGUAUAUCAGCCACGGAAAAUGUCUUGCAUGAUCACCACUAGCUACAGGCAUAUCUAGCAGACCCCGUAUAUCCUGACCCUAAAAAACACGUAUACGGUAAACUGAAAGCAGUUUUACAGUACCGAUUUUGCUCGAGCGGAACAGAUCAGGUAAACUCGGUCCGUAAAUCUAUU